GCAAGCUCUGGCCUCUUCCCUCAUGGCCUGGGUGCUCUGCCCUGCCCGGCCACGAAGAGGGUUUUUGGGAUGGCUCAGUGGGUGCGAUGCACCCCGAGAUGCGCUGCACAGGCCUUCCCGGGUGUAGCAGACAACCAAGGUUUAACAUGCAGUUUUCUGCGGUUGCUGCCCUCAGGAGUGCGGCUUAAACCUGGGCUAGGUGCUUGAGCUGAGAGGAGUAGUGUAAUUUGCACAAGUCUGCCAAGAAAAGGGCUAUAUGUCCAAGGUAGUCAGGCCUUUGUAACAAACAGGACGGCUUCUUUGGGGAAGGUGUGAUUCCUUAAUCCUUCCAGUGCAGGCUCAGCUUUCAAAAAUUCAAAGCACCAAGUUCAGAAGCAAAAUCGAGAAAGGAGAUUUUUCUACCAACCCUUUUCUAUAAUCUUCAUUGUAAUAGCUGUUUCAUUCUUCCCCAGUUUUUUUAACCUGUAACCAAAAUAGGUUAUACCCACCUUUUAAAAAGACUUUGGAAUUGGUAGCAGAGGAAUAAAGUAAUGUCAAAACAUUGCUGUCAUUUGUAUUUACCCACAGGUAUACUACUACAUCUGGAGAAGCAGACAGGUUUUGUCACUAAUUACAGCUUCCUAGACAUUCUUUGAAAUAGUUUUGUUCCAUGACCAGCAUGCAAAAAAACCCCAACCCAAAACAACAACAGCAGCAACCACAAAAACAUGUUCACAUUGCAAGUACCGCAGGGUAUGAAAGUCAAAAUAGUGGUACAAAACUGAGUCCUACAAAUUGAAAGGUAAUGAAAUAGCAAUUGAGGUUGUUGUGCCUCCAAGCUAGAGCAUCUUUGUUGGUAUAGAGGUAGUUCUGCUGCUGUUGAACCGGACUUUUUUCUAAAUCCCUUUAACGGCUUUUGAAAAAUGCCGUUUGUUAUGGACUCAUUCAGGUUGGUUCUUCAUCUCAUUUUCUAAAUGUGCUUGUUAAUAAUACCCAUCAGUAAAACAUUUGCUUGACCUUCAGGGUGUAUUUGACAUAUGGUUACUUUUUUUGUUGCUGUUAAUUUUGUUAGUCUAUUACAUUUUGGCAUCCAAACUGAAAUGUGUAUGUCUUUGUGUUACGUUUAUAACAGCUCCCAGAAAAACUUUAGGGAUUUUUUUUUAUGGCACAGUCAACAACAUAGGAUACAGUUGUUCUUUUUUUUUUUUUAGAUUUUUUUUUCAUUGAGCAUAAACUGAUUCUAAAUCAAGAACAGUAUGUAUUAAAUGUACGUGGUGCCCAUUUGCUUCAAAAUUAGAUUUUUUUUCUCCGACAUUAGUUGGUUGCUGAUAGCCAUGGCAGGGUUGACCAGAUGUUAGAAAGCCAGCUGGCGUUACAAACCAUGGAGCACUAACAGAGUACAUGGGGAGUUGGGCCUGCUGUGUGGAAUCACGGGGUAUCAGUGGGUAUUAAGUGUAAGGAUUUGAUGAAGAUGGAAACUCCAUCUGAAUAUAUGCGUGUGGUUUGAAGAUGGUGUUUGUGAUUACAACUUCGAAGUUCUUUAUAUAGUUCGAGAAAUAAUAUGGUUCUUUCUAUCAGAAAACUGGGAAAACGUAUAGCCUGCUGGAUUCUAAGACUUUUUGUUAGGAGUAUGCAACGUUACUUUUUAUUUAAAGUAAUUUGUAUCCAAAUUAUUGUGUAAAUGAGCAAUAAAAGCUUUGAUACCCAUUUUUCCUGUUGAACUAACAGUUACCUGUCGAGCUGCUAGUAUUUUAGCUGGGGAACGUCUGAAGCGAGAAUAGAGCCUCGUUUCAAAUGAGAUUCUGUUGUACAGUCAACGGAAUUCUUUUUGAGCCAUGGCAGUUUUUGAGAGAUACCUAUCAAGAAAUACAUCGAGGAGCUUUGCUGCCAGGCCUGGGGAAUGUUCUGAAACUGUAAAUGCAGAAAUUAAAAGUCUGUAUCGGAGACCUCCCAUAAAACCCAAACCUAAUAUGUGCAUUGAGAGCAUGCCAUCAGAAAUGCUGAUGAAGAUAUUUUCCUAUCUGGAUGCUGUAUCCCUGCUGUGUGUCGCUUGCGUGAACAAGCGCUUCUAUCAUCUGGCCAAUGACAAUGGAAUCUGGCUGAAAAUCUAUUCCGGUUGUUUUCCACCAAAACGGACAAUCUGGAAAAUGAAGUCUGUGCAGACAGAAACUGUUCCCUUGAGCUGUGCUCCUAUACAGGAUAGAAAGCCUGGAUACUGGAAGAAAGAAUACAUCUUGAAACAAAUAGCUGCUGUCACAACUAGAGUAAUGCAACUUGUUAAACCUGUAGAUCCGUAUACAGGUCUUCCAAGUAGAAUCAAAAAAGCUAUAAAAGCCUCUGGCUUGAGUUGGAUGAUUGUUCUAAAGGACAGAAAUGGAAAAGAACAUGUAAUGGAGCAGGCAGACCAGUCAUUUAAGGACACAUCUGUUACUAUAUUUUGGUAUAGUGCAAGUUGGCCAUGCUUAGACAUCCUGUCAACCCUAAAAUUAUUUGGAGUGACUCCAUUGCUUCUUGACCAAAGCAAAGCUCCUAGCAGGAAUGGACCCCGUCGACGCUCCCUAAUUGCUGAAUAUGAUCUUUCUAACCUGACUGAAAGUAAUGUCGCACUUGGGGCCAAUAAGCUUGUCCAGCUCUUCAGUCUGAAUCCUGGACUCUUAGUAGGACUUUGGAAGGGGAAAAAUGAAAUUGCUUUGGUCAUGGCAAGUCUUCAUUAUCAUCUACUUCUUGAGAGAAGCACUUUGGGUUCUGCUACUGUUCAAUAUGUCCUUCCACCUAACAAACCUAUACUGGAUGAUGUUGACCCAGAGUAUGGACUGCAUGACUACGACCUACAUCUCGAUAUGCACAGUGGAAGCUGUACUUACCUGUGUGGAACAUUCAAGAGCCUCUUUUGCAGAAAAGGUGACAUUGAAAAUGGAUAUUUAAGGCUCACAGUUGUAAGCUUAAAGGAUAAUACGAAGCAUGUGCCUCUUAUUGGGACAGUUGGCUUAUCCUGGGAAACAGAUGCCUUUAAAGGCAAUGUAAAGGACUGUUACAUGAUGGAUGUUACUCUCUUGGAUGAAACUCGAAAGCCCUUCUGGUGUUUCAGUGCCCCGGUCUGCAUGGAACUGUCUUCCAAGGCAUCCAGCCUUUAUGACUACGUGGGUUGUGUCUAUACCACAGACUAUGCAGAUUCAGAGGGUAAAGUCUGUGUUGAGUUGGUAUGGCUGGAAGAAACCAAAGAGUAUUUCAUAGUCAGUCUGGUGCUUUACGUAAGCACUGAAAAGGUUAAUAACUGGUAUGGAACAAACUACUGAUGUAAUUGGGGUGUUAAUUUCCUUGCAUUAAAAAUAAUAAUAAUAAUUUUUUCAUGUUUAAGAUUUGAUGCGAAUGACUAAAUAGUGUUCCUGCAAGUUUUGUAUCUUUCAGUUUUUCAGUAACAAGUGCAAUUGCAUUUUUUUUAAUUGGCAUAGAUGAGAUUAAAGAGAGAUGUUGAUAUAAAUUAAUGUUGUCUUUUUUUCUCUGUUGAACAUCACAUGGUUAGUCUGUUCCUGGUACUGGGCAUAUCGAAAUUAUUUUUAGGAAUAAUUAUUUUAUUGGCACAUUUUAAUAUGGUUAAUAAAUUUCUUCUUGUGA